AUGGAUGUGAUUGACGAUUUCAAGAGGUUGUUGGUGCGAUGCCCCACCGCCGGCAGUCUGUCCUCCGUGCACCGCCUGCUCCAGCUCCAGCCGGCUGAUGUGCGUCCUGGCAUCACAGUGUCCGCGGUGCAGGAGUGCCUUCUGGACCCUGCUCUCACCUUGCCGGCCAUCACCAUCCUCCGGCGGCACGUCCUAGCCGCCAUCAGCACCCUCGUCCAUGCUGUUCUGAACAGCCGCAACGCCGCACGACCCAGCUUGGAGUUGUCUCUGGCGCUGGCCUCCGUGCUCGAGCUGGCCCCACAUGCGGACAGGUGGGCCGGCAUCCACCUGACCGCGGUGCUCCUCGGGCUGGCAGACGCCGACGCCAGAGGCCUCGAGGCCCGGCUGCUGUCCCCCGAGGAGCUGGCCGCCGAGCGCAGGGUCUGGCAGGAGGAGGCGGCUGCGUUUGCCGUGGAGGCCGCCGCCGCGCUGGCCCCCUGGGACAGGGGCCGCGCCCGCCCGGCCAGCCGCAAGCGCAAGGCCACACGUAGCAUCCUCGCAGGCGAUGGCUCCGACUCCGACACGAGCAGCAGCGAACGCUUCUCCGGGGACGAGGGGGUCUCGUCCCCGGCAUCAAGGGGCAAGGCGGGGCCGCAGCCGACCCUCGCGGUCCCCGGCUAUGUCAGGAUUGCGGGCGUGGACCUGCCUCAGUCCACGGGCCCCGGCCCUGCGCCGCCCACGACCCUCCCGGCGUCCCGCCUGGUGUCCACGCCGGGCAUGCUGCGCACGCUGCGCGGCGUCGCGCUGGGCCUCUGCGCCGCCUCCUCCGUCCUCCUGGAGGGCCCCCCCGGGUCCGGCAAGUCGACCCUACUGCGCCACCUGGAGGAGGUGACGGGGAGCGCGGUUGGCGCCAUCCACCUGCACCUUGACGACCAGACGGAUAGCAAGGGGCUCAUGGGAGCCUACGUCUGCACCGCCCGCCCCGGCGAGUUUGUGUGGCGCGCGGGGCCCCUGACCCAGGCCGUGGCGCAGGGCAGAUGGCUGGUGGUGGAGGACAUCAACCUGGCCCCGCCGGAGGUGCUUGCCGCACUCAUCCCCUUGGCUGAGCGGCGGCAGCUCCACGUCGCCGCGCGGGGCCAGACCCUGACCGCCCACCCCGGCUUCCAGCUGUUUGCCACGGUGACCUCCACGCCGCAGGGGGUGGGGGCGGGCGCCUACGGCUCAGCAGCCGCGGUGAUGGACAUGCUGGGAGGACUGUUUCACCAUGUGAAGACCGACGCACCGGGUGAGGAGGAUCAGGCGAUAAUCCUCCGCACCCUCUAUCCGGCCCUGGGUCCGACCCUGCUCGGCACUGCGCUGCGCAUGCUGUACCUGGCGCGGGCCAUGUAUGGCCAGCUGCCGGCCGACGAGUGCCCCUCCUGGCUGCCGGCCGAAUACGGCAGCCUGCCCUCCCUCCAGGGCGUGGGCCGACAUUUCUCGCUGCGGGACCUUGCGCGCUGGGCGGCGCGCAUGGGCGCGGUCCACGCCCGCGCCCUGGCGGCGGCGGGGUCCCUCCUCGGGACGCGCCAGGCCACGAGCCCGGUCGCGGCGGGGUACCUGGAUGCCGGGUCGGCGCUGCACAGCCUCCCCGCCGGCCUCAGGCUGGCCGCCUGCAUGGAGGCCUGCGACAUGUUCGCCGGCUUCCUGGCCGACGAGCACGACGCCGGCGCCGUGCGCACCGUGCUUUCCACGCUCUGGUGCGUCGUGCCCGCCGAGGUGGAGCACGCGGCGCUGGCUGCCCGGCCGACGCUCGCGCGCACCGGCGCCGCGCUGGCGGUGGGCCGCGCCACGCUCCCGGCAACCGGGCCCCCCCCCCUGCCCUCCACCUUCGCGCCCACCGGGCAGGCGCUAAGGCUGAUGGAGCGCGCGGCGGUGGCGGCGGCCGGCAAUGAGCCUCUCCUGCUGGUGGGGGAGACGGGGACGGGGAAAACCACCCUCGUCCAGCAACUGGCCAGCCAGGCGGGCGCCACGCUGGCAGUGCUCAACCUGAGUCAGCAGACAGACGCCUCCGACCUGCUGGGAGGCUUCCGCCCCGUGCGCCCCACCGACGCCGCUCUGCCGCUGUUCGAGCGCUUCCAGGACCUGGUGCAGCGCCAGUGGCCGGCGGGAAACAACGGCGCCUUCAUCGAUCGCGUCGCCCGACUGGCGGCCAAGAGGCACGCAGGGAGGCUGGUCAAGGCCUUCAAGGUGGCCCUGGCGAAGCUGGGCGUGGCCUGCCCGCCCAGCAGGGCGGAGCUUGCGGAAUCUGCUGCUCCCGAACCAUCCACACCUGCGCGGGAGCUCCGGCGGGCCUGGCUCAAGUUCUCGGUGGACGUGGCGCAUGCGGAGGCCACGCUACUGGCUGCCGAGGGCGGGUUCUCCUUUGCGUUCAUGGAGGGCACGCUGGUGCAGGCACUGCGACAGGGCUCCUGGCUGCUGCUGGACGAGAUCAACCUGGCGCCGCCAGAGGCCCUGGAAAGGAUGGCGGGGCUCCUACAGGAUCCCAGGGGGAGUUUGGUGCUGGCGGAGCGUGGGGAUGCUGAACCGGUCCCUCGCCACCCCGCCUUCCGCCUCUUUGCCGCGAUGAACCCCGCCACCGACGCAGGUGGGCAGUGGACCUGUUGCAGGGUUGAGGUGUGGGUCGCCGAGCCCUCCCAGACGGAGGACCUGCGCGCCAUGGUGACCUCCUACCUGGGCCAGACCACGCCCCGUGGCGUGGUGGAGGGCGUGGUGUCCUUCUACCGCGCCGCCAAGGCGGACCGCGGGCUGGUGGACGGCGCCGGGGCCUGCCCCGUCUUCAACCUGCGCACGCUGUGCCGCGCUCUGGAGUAUGUGCGCGCCGCCACGGCCCGCUACGGCCCGCUCCGCGCGCUGGCCGACGGCUUUGACAUGGCCUUCGGCACUGCGCUGGAGGCGCGCAGCGCGGCGCGCCUGCGCUAUGCCAUCCAGACCCACCUGCUGGGCGGGGCAGGGUACGGCGCGACCACCUCGGGCGCUGCCGGCGCGCCCCCGGGCGACUGCCACGUUUGCGUGGAGGGUUACUGGCUGGAGCGGGGGCCCGGCGAGGCGGCGUCGCGCGAGCGCGACGCCCAGGGCCGCGUGUUCAUGGAGACCCCGGCGGUCAGGGCGCACGUGCGGAACCUGGCGCGGGCGCUGGUCCUGCGGCGCUGCCCCAUCCUGCUGCAGGGGCCCACCUCCAGUGGCAAGACCUCGCUGGUGGGGUAUCUGGCCGCCCGCACGGGGCACGCUUGCGUGCGCAUCAACAACCAUGACUCCACCGACCUCCAGGAGUACUUGGGGCGGUACGUGUCGGACGAGCACGGCCGGCUUGUAUUUGCAGAGGGAGCGCUGGUCCAGGCGGCACGCAGGGGGGACUGGGUGGUCCUGGACGAGUUGAACCUGGCCCCCUCGGAUGUCCUGGAAGCACUGAACAGGCUGCUAGACGACAAUCGCGAGCUGUUCGUGCCCGAGCUUCAGGAGACCAUCAAGCCACACCCACACUUCAUGCUGUUUGCCACCCAAAACCCACCCGGUCUGUACGCGGGGCGAAAGGCGCUGAGUCGCGCGUUCCGCUCACGCUUCCUGGAGAUGCAGGUGGAUGACAUCCCACCCACAGAGCUCGUCACCAUCCUCGAGCACAGGUGUGGCAUAAGCAACAGCGAUGCUGCGCGCAUCGUGCGGGUCAUGCAAGCCUUGCAGGAUGGCCGGGCUGCAGGGAAUGUAUUCGCCGGCAGGCACGGCUUCAUCACCCCCCGAGACCUCUUCCGGUGGGCGGGGCGCGGUGGUCAUGGCGACGAGCUGGCCAUAAACGGCUUUGCAGUGCUUGGAGAGCGGCUGCGGAACGCCGAGGAGAGGAGCAUUGUACGACAGUCCAUACAGACAGAGCUCCGUGUAAAGAUAAACCUCGAGGAGGCUUUUUUUACUGAGGGCGAAAAGCCGCUGCUGGAGCUCCAGGCUAGGCUCAGAGCUGGUGAGCUGGACGGCGCCAUGCCAGGUCCAGAGACCCAGGCGCUUCAGAAGAUGCUGCGUGGUCUUGUCUGGACCCGACCCAUGCAGAGGAUGUAUGCUUUGCUGGAUCGCUGCCUCGCACACGAGGAGCCGGCUCUCCUGAUAGGGGACACAGGCACCGGGAAGACCACGGUCUGCCAGAUGGCAGCCUUUGUCAGGGGCCAGCGGCUCCAUAUCUUCAAUUGCAAUCAGCACACAGAGGCGUCUGACCUGCUGGGUGGAUUCCGGCCCAACAGAGCCCCUGCGGCUGAAGGCGAAGCAUUUGUGCCCUUUGUCUGGGCCGAUGGCCCCCUGGUCCAGGCCAUGCUCCAGGGCGACAUUAUCCUGAUUGACGAGCUCAACCUCGCAGAGGAUGCCGUCCUGGAGAGGUUGAACAGCGUACUGGAGCCUGGCAGGACGCUCACCCUGGCAGAAAAGGGGGGAAGCGCGGCAGAGGUCAUCGUCGCCCACCCCAACUUCAGGGUUGUGGCGACCAUGAACCCCGGGGGCGACUUUGGGAAGAAGGAGCUUUCCCCCGCGCUCAGCAACCGCUUCACCACGAUCUGGGUGCCUGCAGCAACUACGCCCUCCGAGCUGCAUGCAAUCCUGAGCCAGCGGCUUGUCCCAGCAGCACAGGCCGUGACGCAGCCCCUCAUCGACUUCUGGACGUUUUUCAACCAAGAGAUCUCCGCCUCGGUUCGACAGGCGCUGUCCAUGCGAGACCUGAUGGCCUGGGUGGAGUUCAUCAACCUGACCACCCCCGGCCUGGGAGCCAUGCUGGCGUACGCGCAUGGCGCAGAGCUCAUCCUUCUGGACGGUCUGGGUCUGGGCGUGGGACUUCCCAUCGAGGUCUCGAGCCAGCUGACGGCCACGUGCAGGACGUUCCUGCUCCAGCAGUUGUCGCCCGAGGUCACCGCAAGCCUGUCUCAGGCCAGCCAGCAGCCAGCCAUGCAGCGUCGUGCCCACCCUGUCACCAACCACGAGCAGUGGGGCACCGUGCCCUUCUUCGUCGACGUAGAGCGGGCCGGGCCAGAGGAGGAGCGCGCUGUGCGCUUCGACUUUGAUGCCCCGACCACCCGACGCAACACAUUCCGUGUGCUGCGUGCGAUGCAGCUGCCAAAAGCCAUCCUAUUGGAGGGCAGUCCGGGAGUGGGCAAGACCAGCCUCGUGGCCGCUCUGGCCCGGGCUGUGGGUCAGACCCUGGUGCGCGUCAACCUCAGCGAGCAGACAGACAUGAUGGACCUGCUGGGAGCUGAUCUGCCUGUGGACAGCGGUGCAGCGGGGACGUCGGAUGGUCCGUUGCUCCACGCCAUCAAGACAGGAGCCUGGCUGCUGCUUGACGAACUGAACCUGGCCAGCCAGUCUGUCCUGGAGGGCCUGAAUGCGGUCCUUGACCAUCGAUCCGAGGUUUUCAUUCCGGAGCUGGACCAGACAUUCACCUGCCCGCCAACCUUUAGGGUUUUUGGGGCGCAGAACCCUUUGCAGGAGGGUGGUGGGCGCAAGGGCCUGCCGAGGUCUUUCCUUAACCGCUUCGCUCGUGUGUAUGUGGAGUUGCUGGGCACAGACGACCUCCACUUCAUCGCUGGUGCGGCCCACCCUCGCAUUCCCCCAAGCACCCUGCAAGGCAUGAUCUCCUUCCUGGCGAGACUGCAGGCGGAGACCGUCGCGCGCACCGGGUUUGCCGCCUCGGGUGGCCCUUGGGAGUUCAACCUGCGUGAUCUCCUGCGGUGGUGCGAGCUCGUCGCCGCGGACUGCUCGGGGUGCGAUGCGGCGUGCAGGGCCAUGGCUGACGGAGACGGGCAUGAACCGCAGUAUCCACGGGACCCCUGCGACUCGGCUGCGGCCCACCACGGGCACAUGCUCUUCACCCAGCGGCUGCGCACGGCCGAGGACCGGGCUCGGGUCGGGGCGCUCCUGUCUCAGACCUGGCCCGGGCACGGAGGGGCCCCUGCAGCGUCCCCAGCCGUCCACCUGACCCCGCAGGUCCUGAGGGUCGGGAGGGCGGAGGUGGCCAGGUCCCGCGCUCCUCGCAUGGGCGGCGCCGCCUCACAGCCAUUGCUGGCCCUGCUUCCGAGCAAGGGGCGGGACCUGGAGGGCCUGGCUCGCGCCGUCGGCGCCGGGUGGAUGGGCUUGGUGGUUGGGCCGGCGGGGGCCGGCAAGACGGCCCUCAUCCGCACACUGGCGGAGCUGGCAGGCAGGGAUCUGACGGAGCUGUCGCUCACCGAGGGCACCGACACCUCUGACCUGCUGGGUGGCUUUGAGCAGCUGGAGCCCAUGCGGAGAGUCCAGGGCGCCGUCAGUGUCCUGUCUGCCGUCACUCGGUGCUGGGAGGCGUCAUGCGAAGCCCUGCCGCCAGGAGCCAGUCGGGACGAGGGCGAGGGGCAGGAGCAGAUGGGGCGUGCGGCCUCGCUCCUCCUCCUGGCAGUGGAUGGGCUGCUGGCCCAGCUUGCGCGCCAUUCGCCUAGCACUGCUGCGCUUCAGGAAUGCAUGCGUGGCCUCUUGUCCCAUCUGGACCUUGCUCAGCAGCGUCUGGGUGCACUGCUGGCGGAGGCAGAGGCGAGCGAGCAUGGCGUCGCUGGCCGCUUCGAGUGGGUGGAUGGCCCGCUCACGAGGGCUGUCACGGAGGGGGGCUGGGUGCUGCUGGACAACGCAAACCUGUGCAAUCCCACUGUUCUGGAUCGGUUGAACCCUCUGCUGGAGCCUGGCGGGCACCUGACCCUGAACGAGUGCGGCACCGCCAGCGGAAAACCCCGGGUCCUACUCACACACCCGGACUUCCGGCUCUUCAUGGCGAUGGAUCCCCGGCACGGCGAGGUCUCGCAGGCCAUGCGCAACCGUGGCGUGGAACUCUUCCUGCCUGACUGGACGUUGGGCGAGGGAGCCGCGCGCGAGACCGCCGAGCUGUGCCUCGUCCUGGAGCAGGCCGGGAUCGAGGAGCAGGCGCUGCAGUCCAGCAUGUGCGCUGCGCACGCUGUGGCGACAGUGCAGGCCGCGGGCCAUUCCCGCAGGCCUCCGGGCCUGGGUGCGCUGAAGCGGUGGGCGCUGCUGGCGCGGUCGCUCGUGGCACGGGGCUGGGGCGCAAGCGAGGCGCUGACGGCCUCCUUUGGUCAGCUGUAUGGCGGCGAGGACGGGCAGAGCCCGCUGGCUGCUGCGCACGCUGCUGACAGCCGGUCCACAGGCGUGACCCCCAGUCAUGGUCUCGUGCGGCGAGCUGCCUGGCCGCUCCCACGCGACGUGGCGGCUGCGGCAGAGGAUGCGACGGCCUUUUCUGUCGCCCGACGGGCCACCCCCGCAGUGGCGAGCCUGGUGCGGCUGGGGGUGGAGCUCAUGCAGCCCGCGAGCGCCGGCGCAGCUCCCGCCAUCACCCCCGAUGCCUUGGCCAGCCUGCUGAGCACUGCGCCACUGGACGCCGCAACGGCGCGCGCGUCCGUCGUGCUGCACGCUGCACAAGGCGCUACAGCCGAGCUCGCGCCCUGGGUCCCUGGCCACGGCUCGGCUGCCUCGCUCUGGCGCCUUGCGCUGGCCUGCACGCACGCUGCGGCCGUCUGGGCACCGGGCGGCGCCCAGAUUGCUCCCUCAUGCCUGCUGCCCAAUCUGGCACAGGUCCACGCCGCAGCGAGUGCUCUGGGCGCGCCUGGGCUCCAGCAGGCGGUCAUGGUGGCAGCCGCGCUGAUCCGCGAGCUGGAGAGGUACCAGGGCACGCUGCUGAGGGGGUGGCACCCCACGGAGGACGGUGAGGACGGCAUGGCCGAGGUGCAGGUCAGUGGCGCUCCAGAGGCGGCCCUACCCUGCGCGGGUGCUCCCCUGCUGACCAGGAUCAUACACGGAGCAGUGGAGGCCCGAGCACUUCUCAUGGCGGCGAUCCUGCACGUGAGAUCGGCGGAGGAUGCCGUCAGCCCCCUGCAGUUCUCCUACUGGCGGCAUGCUCAUCCACAGGUAGGCGCAGCCCCUGGGCAUCGGGCAGAGGCCUUCUCAGAAUAUCGUGAUGAUGUGGGCUUGUCUCUGGGCAUUUCAGCUAAAGUCCAGGAGCGUCGAGGCUGCCCCUUCCAGCUCUGCUCAGAUCACUGA